AUGAGGAGGCAUUUGGCGGUGCGCAGACACGUGCAUCUGCUGAUAGUGUUGGAGGAGAUUCCAGUAGCUCGAGAGUUUCCCAAUGUCUUUCCUGCGGAGCAACCUGGGAUGCCUCCAGACUGGGAGAUCAAGUUCUUUAUCGAAUUGGUUCCCGACACGACCCUGAUCUCGAAGGCCACCUACCAAAUGGCCUUCCCUGAGCUGAAAAAGAUGAAAACUCAACUUGAGGAUCUCUUUGAUAACGGGGUCUUCCGGUUAUUUCUGGAUCAGUUUGUCGUGGCUUUCAUUGACGACAUACUGAUCUAUUCGCAGAGCGACGAAGAGCAUGAGGAUCAUUUUCUACAAUCAGGUAUUGCAGUGGACCUGAAGAAGGUGGACUCAGUGAUCCAGUGCCCCCGACCGACUACUGUGACCGAGGUCAGGAGCUUCCUCGGCUUGGCAGGUUAUUAUCGAUGGCACUAUCUUUAUGGGACACACUGCGAGGUGUUUACGGACCACCAGAGCAUGAAGUAUCUCUUCACUCAAAAUGAGUUGAUCCUCAGGCAAAGGCGGUGGCUCGAUUUCUUGAAAGAUUAUGACCUCUCGAUCCAGUAUCAUUUGAAAAAGGCGAACGUGAUGGCGGACGACUUGAGCCAGAAGCAGUCUUCGGCUGAUCUGUUCUUCAUACUCACUGAGCAGGAUUGCUUGAUAGAGAAGUUUCGUUGGUUGGAGUUGGAGAUGUUACCCACUGGGGCCACUGCCAAGCUGUUGACUCUAGUAGUGCAGCCUACCUUGGCUGACCGGAUUUUGCUCGGGCAGCAGUCAAAUUCGCAUCUACAGAAGAUUCGGACAGAUGUCGAGCAGGGUAAAGUGGGGGAUUUCACGAUCCACUCUGACGGUUCUCUUCGCUUCCGGGGCCAGAGGUGUGUGCUUGAGGAUUUAGAUUUGAAGAGAGACAUCUUAUCUGAGGCACAUCAGUCCCCAUACACUGUGCAUUUCGACGGAACCAAGAUGUAUCGCGAUUUGAAGUAG